UUGCAUCUUUAUCUUCCCCUGAGAACAGCUCGUUUCUACAACGCCAUCAGACCUCUUGUAGAGCAACCGCAGUUUCACGAUGAAUAAAGCAAAGUUCACUCCGUCCUCCCUGAAGAGUUCCCGUGGCGCGCUGCACCUGGCGCAGAUCGUGGUGUGUGUGGUGACGUUUGUGGUGGGCUACAUCUGGGGUUACCCGUCACACACCUACUGGAUCUACUGCAUGGUGAUCUGGGGUUUGUGUCCCGUCAUCACACUGGUCAUCACCAUACUGGAGAUGUUCCUCAUCCACAAGCUGCUGGCGUUAUGCAUGGACUGGGACGACUUCACGACCGGCAUGGCCAUGAUGUCCUCGCUCUGCACGUUCUCGUGCACGGUGAUGUGCGCCAACUUCUACAUCUGCCGGAAGUGCAUCUGGGGCUGGAUGGUGACGAUCCUCUCCGCGGUGUGUUGCGCACUUUACUGCCUGGAGACGUUCAAAGAUAAAUGUGAUGCGACGCGCUCUGCAACAUAUGUAGCUGCGCUUCCUGGCUUCAUUAAGAUUCUCGAGGCCUUCGUCGCCUGCAUCAUCCUCAUUUCCCUCAUCGGUUAUGUGGGUAAACCGGCUCUGCUGUGGUGCAUCGUGGCCUACGUCAUUCCUUUGCCUCUAACCCUCCUGAUCAUCAUCACCAACAUCUUGACCAAGAUAAGGAACUGUCUGCCCUUCAGCAUUGAUCGCUUAACCAUGCUUUUCCUGAUUAUAUCGGUUCUGUUGUACAUCUCUGCUGCAAUCCUCUGGCCCAUCUACAGCUUCAGAGGAAACCCGCGGCCCAAAGACUGUCCAGGGCACAGCUGCGUAUGGGGCAUCCAGUUUGUUGUGACCUUCAUGACCUAUGUUAACCUCGGCCUGUACAUCAUUGACCUUGUCUUCACUUGCUGCGGAAUUUGUGGAUUUAGACGUUCUUAAUAGUAUCACCCCUACAAAAAGAGAGAGAUUGGGUUCCCCUAAGAACCAUUCAUGGAAGAGUUCUUAAAGGGAUAGUUCACCCAACAAUUUAAAUCAGCCCUUGAUUUACUCACCCUGAAGCCAUCUUAGACGUAUAUGGAAAUUUUUCUUUCAGACGAAUACAAUCGGAGAUAUAUUAAAAAACGUCCUGUCUCCUCCAGGGUUUAUAAUUAAAAUUUGAAGACCAAAAAAGUGCAUCCAUCCAUGAUAAAAGUGCUCCAUAUGGGGAUUAAUAAAGGCCUUCUAAAUGAACCAAUGGGUUUUUGCAAGAAAAAUAUCUAUUUAUAACUUUAAAAUCGAAAAUAGCUAGCCAUUUACUAGCCAUUAUAAAGCUUGGA